AUGGUAACUUCGAAAGAAUGGACUUUUUCAGCAUAUGCUAAGGAUAGUAAGGCAAAAAAAUUUGUGCACCUUGUGAUAGAUUCUAUGUUCUGGAAAGAAUGUGCUACAAUAGUUCAAUUAACAGAGCCACUUGUUCGAGGUUUAAGGAUUGUUGAUAGUGACGAAAGGCCUGCCAUGGGGUACUUGUAUGCUACUAUGCAUAGAGUUAGGCAAGAGCUUUUCACAAGAUUUAUAAGGAAAAAGAAAAUAGUUGACACUUACCUGAGAAUAAUCGACUCAAGAUGGGAUGGGAUAGCUUCACAAAAAUCUUCAUGCUACUGGUUUUUGUUCAAUCCUUCUUAUCAAUAUAAUUAUGUUGAAUUGAAAAAGCACAAACAUAUGACAUCAGGACUUUUGGAUGUGAUUGAGAGGUAUUCUUACGUAAAUCCUGAUCUGAUGAGUAAUCUAACAAGAGAAAUAAAACUAUUUUAUAAAGCUGAAGGUGAUUUUGGUAGAGUAUUUGCUAUACGAGAUCGUGAUGUCAUGCUCCCAAAUGAAUGGUGGACAUGUUAUGGUAAUAGUGCACCUAAUUUGCAAAAACUAGCUAUACAUGUUCUAAGCCAAGCUUGCAGUGCUUCUGGCUGUAAAAGGAAUUGGAGUUUGUUUGAGUAUAUCCGCUCAAAGAAGAGAAAUAGAUUGGAGCAUCAAAAACUAAAUGAUUUGGUUUAUGUGCACUAUAAUUUAAGAUUACAACAAAGAAAUGCAAGGGGAAGAAAUUAUGAUCCUAUUGAUUUUGAGGAUUUCAACACCAAUGAAACUUGGAUUUUGGAUGAUGAACCUUCACAGUUGACAGUAGCUGAAUUAGAAAGUUUUAGGAAUGAAAUAGCUGCAUUUACUAUCGACCAGCCAAAUGAAACUUUAAACGUGGAUGAAUUGGAUACUAGAGAUGAAGAUGAGACUAAUAAUGAAGAGAAUGAUGGAAGAAAUGAUCCUAAUGAAGGCUAUGGUGUGUCAAAUUUUGGUGGUGCUGAAGAAUUUGGUGGUGCUAAAUUCGGCACUAGUUAG